CUGUUCCUACUAGAGUGUUACACUAUAUUUGACUUCGAAGAUCAUGAUCUAUCAAAGUGGACUUUGACUGGUACUGCAUUCAAUAAUCAGCCAACAUACGGGGAUAUCCUAUCAGCCCAGCGGGGAGGGCAUUUUAGCAACCACAAAGGAGAUUGGUGGAUUGGUACCUUCGAGAAUCGGCCCAGUCCCACUCAUCCGGUUGGAUAUCAAUACGAUAGUCCUCAAGGUUCAAUGACGUCACCCGGUUUUUCGAUCACUGGAAAGUUCCUCAGGUUCCUGAUUGGAGGAGGCUGUGAUCGGAGUUUUCAAGACCUUCGUGCGGAGCUGAUAAUUGAAGGGCAAGUUGUUCUCGUUCAGACAGCUAAGAGGUGUGCUGAAGCCAUGACAGAGAAAAGCUGGGAUGUAACGAGUUACGUUGGUAAACACGCUCAGUUGCGGUUGAUUGAUCAUUCCUCAGGAGUGUGGGGUCACCUUAAUUUUGAUCACUUUCAAGCUUGCCAUAAACUGAUUUAA